AACGUCACAGCCCAAAUAAAAAAAAAAAAAUGUUACUGUUGCAAAACUAGACUACACUUCAGCACACUACACACAUGAUCACUCAGCCGAGACACAGAGACAGAAGUAGAUGCUGAUUUUCCUGCAUGACUUUACUACAGACCACAACGCUCUCAGAUUCUCUUUUUAAACCCCAGAGCUGCUGAAAGAAAAUGUUAAAAGAAAAUACACUUGUUCUUUUCUGUCUGUACUUUUCUCAUCUGGUUGGUGUGUUUGCUGAUACAGACACAGUGAAGUCAGUGUCAGUGAAGGAGGGAGAUUCAGUAACUCUACAGAUUCAUGUCACUGAAAUACAGACAGAUGAUAGGAUCGACUGGAAAUUCGGAACUAACAAUACUGUUUUAGCUAGAAUUAGGACAAAGACAAGUGAGAUUUUUAAUGGUACUGAUGGGAGAUUCAGAGACAGACUGAAGCUGGAUCAGACUGGAUCUCUGAUCAUCAUGAACACCAGAACCACAGACUCUGGACUUUAUGAAGUGAGGAUCAGGAGCAGCAGUAGACCAGAGGAUACACACAGAUUCAGUCUUACUGUCUAUGCUGCUACAACACCAGCUCCUUCAUCAACUCCUCCUUCACAUCCUCCUUCACAUCCUAGUUCAGGUCCUCAUUCGGGUUCUCCUCCAGGUCGUUCUUCGGGUUCUUCAGAUAGUCCAGACAGAUUUCUGUUAGUGCUGAUCUCUGCUGUUGCUGGAUCUCUAUUACUUCUUGCUGCUGUCGGGAUCAUCUGGAUAUACAGGAAACAAAGAACAACUGAUCAACAUGCUGAGACCCGUGAGGACGAGAUCACUUAUGCUGAUACAACAUUCCACAAAAGAAACGCACAGAAAUCGGAGGAUGAUGUGGUGUACGCUAGCGUCGUCCACAGACGUUAAUUAAAUUCUCAUUAACUGAAUGUUUCCUCAUCACUGAUGUUUUGAUCACAGUCAGUACACAUGCACACUUUGCAAUUAUUGCAACAAAGCUGUAUACAUAUUGAGAAUGGUGUUCAUGCUUGCAUGCUCUGUGUAUUCAUGCAAACAUGGAAGAAGCUCCUUUUUUUUUUUUUUUUUU